AGGAAAACGAAACUUAAGGCAGUGGCUGAAGGUACAGUAGGAUACAGAAUACAGCUGUGUGGAAUUAAUGUCCGAGGUGGUUCAGAUGGCAGCAAGAGUGCAGGUUGAAGCUGCAGCAGUCACUGAAGCCAUGGACUUGAUGAUCAGAUGAACUGCCAGUCGAUGUUGUUCAUGUCAGACUGGGUAUGAGUAAGUCCAUAGCAAUGGCUACAGCACAGUCUAGAGAUGAUCAGCUGCAGCAGUUCAUGCAGUUGUAUGAGCUGAGAGCUGCAUGUCCAGUUUGCACUCAUAAACUCUCCCGCAUUUCCUACGCCAUCAUCUCAAAGCCUCACUGUUGCACUCAAGAUCUGCUGCUAGUCAGAGCAAAGGUCAAAGGUCACAGAUGGAGCCGUGUAUUUUGCCGGCCUUCUUACCCACGACCUAGUCGAUAUGAAGUAUGCUGGUUUUUUAAGGAGGAUGUUGGGUGCUGUGUGCAUCGUGACAGGUGCACUUUUGCCACUAGUACAGAGGAAGCUGCGGUGUGGAACUUGCAAAAGCACACAAAACUUGACCACAAACGCUUAAUUCAUCUGAUCAAUCAGAGAGAGCAACUGACUGAACAAAACCAGCAUGGGGACGGUCAGUCGAGUUCUCAAAAUCUCUCACUGUACCAGGAGAAACUGCUAGAAGAGUACAGAUGCAGCAGCAACGAGAUCUGUAUUAUCUCCGAGCAGGUGGAUGAUGUGUGUGUUACACAGGAUCAGAGUCUGUGUGUGGACUGUUUACAAACAGAUAGUGAAAUCAUAUGGAAAUUCAAAAUCACCACUGAGAGGUCCUUGGCUCAUGUGGCUCUGCUGAAAGUGGAGAGUGGUGCAGUUUUCUCUUUGGGUGACAGUUUACAGAACACUUUCCCACCAAUCACACACACUGCAGGCCACCACCUGCGCUCCUCUCUCUCCACUUAUGAGCUGAGUGUGUGUUUCCUGUCAUUUCGCCCUGGUGUGUAUGAGCAGUGGCUGGUAUUUGACUUUGAAAUCCGUCCAGUUCUGCUCAGAAAACUCAAGGUGAGAGUCGGUCAGCAGUUCCAUACCCAGCCAGUUGAGGCAGAAGAGAAGGAAUGUGCUGAGAUUCUUUCAGAUGAACGUUGGAACAGAGGGAACAGGGUCAUCGUGCCCUUCUAUGCCAGGAAGGAGGAUGAGCAGCUUCUUAGUAAAUACAAACCACCCCAGAUGAAUCUCCAGUUCAGUCUCUAUACAGAUCAUAGUUCCACACUUCACCAAGACAACUACAGAGAGAGAGCUCACUACUUCCUGUUCAAAGAGGAAAUUGCAGAAGAGAAGCUCAUUAGCAGAUUAAAUAUUUGUGGAAGCGUGUCUCUCACACAACAUCUGAAUGUACCAAGGGUUAUUGCUGCUCCAGGGAGGCUCAUUGCCACUCUCAAGGUCUCUUGCUCACUCACACCAGACUCUCCAGAAGGGCUGAUGCUGAAACGAGGGGUGAAGAUGGCUUUGGUGAACACCACGGCAGCAAAGGGCAACAAUACUGGUGUGUCAGUGGAGAACAGAAACAGAGUGUAUGAGGCGUUGGUGUGCAGGCAGGCCACGGAUGAGGGUCACAUCAGCCUUGAGCUGUCUGCACCUUGUGUGUCUGAGCUACAAAUGAAGAAAGAAAGCAGGUGUGAAAUGGAGGUUCAGUUUCAACUGAACAGACUGUGGUUCUGCCAGAUGCACCAGGCUAUUGACCUCCUACCAGACUUGCACUAUGUUCUGCCUGACCUCAGUAACUGUUGUGUCCCUGUAAACAUAACCAAACAGUCUGAACUGAACAACAAACAGCAAAUCGCCCUGAACUUCAUCCUUGGUAAGUGUGAGGGUAGCAAGGUUGCUGCUCCCUUGCUGAUAUAUGGCCCGUUUGGCACUGGGAAGACACUCUGUCUCGCUUCAGCAGCCAAAAAGUUGGCCAGCCAGCCCCAAACCAGAGUGCUCAUCUGCACUUAUACUAACAGCUCAGCAGAUUUAUAUGUCAGAAUGCACUUCCAUCCAUAUAUUACAAAUGGACAUCCAGACCUCAAAGUACUCAGGAUAAAGGCAAAUAAGGGUGGGGCCUCCAUGAUGGCAACCGAUAACAUCACUCUCAAAUACUGUCUCUGCUCUUAUGAUGGACAGUCCUUCAUUCUCCCAGCACGCUCCCAUCUAGAGUCAAACAACAUCAUCAUAACUACCACAUCAAUGGCACGUUAUCUUCGUGAGCUGAAGCUUCCUGCAGAUUUCUUCAGCCAUAUCCUGAUUGAUGAGGCAUCUCAGAUGUUGGAGGGUGAAGCACUCAUGGCUCUAGGCUUAGCAGACAAACACACUCGAGUUGUGUUAGCAGGUGACCACAUGCAAAUGGCUCCAAAACUUUUCUCUGUGACUGAUGACAAGCGAUCAGAACACACAUUGCUCAAUCGCCUCUUCCGCUACUAUCAAGAUCAAAGCAGCAAUAUUGCCAAGAGAAGCAGAGUGAUCUUUAAUGAGAACUACCGUUCCACGGCAGAAAUAGUGGACUUUGUAUCCACUCACUUCUAUGUGAGCGAUGGCAUCAAGGCAAAAGGAGAUGUCCCUCCCCAUCCCAGGCUACAUCCCCUGAUCUUCCAGCAUGUCAGAGGAGAAUGCAAUUUGAACUCCACCUCCAUGUCCUGGUGCAACCGUGCUGAGGUUACUAGCGUGAUAAAUGUGAUCCAAGGGCUUGUAACAGAUUGGCCGAUGGAAUGGGGUGAAAGAGAACCAAUGGAUAUCUGUGUUCUAAGUGAAGGCCAGCAGCUUGAUGUCAUCAAAAACCAACUCAGAACCAAGCAGAAUAGAAUUCAUGGAGUUUCUGUACAGAAUUUGGCAAACAUUCAAGGGAAGCAGUUCAGGGUCAUUAUCAUAUCAACAGUUCAGUCUAGAGACAGACUUCUCCAAUCAGAGUCAAGCUGUCUAGAGUUUUUUGAAGACAUUCGUGCACUGAACACCGCCCUAACCAGAGCCCAAUCACUGGUGGUUGUGGUUGGAGAUGCUGGAGCUCUUUGUUGUUUUGGAAAGUGCUCAAGAAUCUGGAGGGCCUACAUUGAACAUUGCAUCAGCAAGGGCAGCGCCAAACCUGAUCAUUUGACCAGAGACUUCCUACAACAAGAAAUGCUGGAAAUUUCAAAAUUUCAGAAGAGAGAAAGGGUAGAAAAUUCUGAGAGUGAUGCACCUAUCCAGGCUGAAACUGAUCUUAUAUUGAAAGAGAUGAUGGAUGACUAUGAUCCUGAUGUGCAAGACUCAGAUGCAGAGAAUGAAAGUAAUAAAGAUCACAAAAGGGUUUUAUACUCCUCCACUGAAAAGGAAGAUCUGCUGGAGCUUGUCAGGAAACAGCCUGCUAUCUAUAAGCAUGGAGAAAUGGAGAUGGAGGGAUACCAGUCAGGUUAUGUAAUACCUUAUGACAAACCAUCUGAACGCAUUUACAUUAAAGGGAGGAAAAACAUUGGCAUGUGUUUCCCUGGAGAUGAAGUUGUGGUGGAGAUUGGCCCGCGACCUGAUAAAGGCAGUCUUACUGGGAGAGUUUUAGGUGCCACAAAUAGGGCAGCAUCUUCCUCUGAAUUUGUGUGCUCCUUAGAGGUUGAAAAUUACCGAAAACGGACACAGGAAACUGAUAAAAACUUUCUCAGGAAGAUAAUGAUACCUCUCAGCAUCAACACCACCAAAAUAUGUGUCUUGGUAAGCAAGAAGUCUCAUAAUUUCAUUCCAAUAUGGAAAUUUGUCAACGACAAAUGGACAUUGACAAGAUAUGUUCCUCUUGAUGAACACACAAAACAGGAAUAUGUUUUUGUUGUUCAGAUUUUGUGCUGGAAAGCCCACUGUUCCUUUCCACUAGGCAAUGUUACGAAUGUUCUACCCAUUGGGACAACUUUAGAGGAGGGACUACAGAUUUUGAAAUUAGAAUACAACCUAGGUUCAACUCCUCUGAUAGAAGAAGACGCAUUUUUAGACACGGAAUUUGACAAAACUGAUGACAGCAAAAGAAGAGAUUUCAGAGAUGCACCAACUUUCACAGUUGAUCGAGCCACGGCCAGAAACUUGGAUGAUGCCAUCAGUGUUAAAAAUCUGGGAAACUACUAUGAAAUAGGGGUUCAUGUUGCUGAUGUGGCUAGUUUUGUGUCUAAGGACAGUCCUCUUGAUAACUCUGCAAAAGAAUUGGGAGCAACUUUUUACAACCCUAGAGAAGACCAUACCAUGUUCCCAAAACAUCUUACCACCAACUUUUGGAGUCUCCUCCCAGGAAAAGAUCGUAAAGCCAUUUCAGUCAUUGUCAAAGUGGAAAAGGACUCAGGCAUUAUCACAGAAAGGACCUUUUGCCUUUCUAUGGUAAAUUCUAGAAGGCAGCUGACCUACAAACAGGCUGAGGGUAUAAUAAGUCAGUGUGAUGGUGAGCUAAGAUUUAAAACAUUGGAGGACUGUGUCAGAGUGGCUUACCUUUUUGCAAGAACACAACGCAAAGCUAGACUUAAAGAAAACUGGAACUAUGCCCAACCUGAUAAACAUCGGAAGCCAGGGGAAAGAGAAGCUUAUUUGAUGAUUGAAGAGCUAAACAUAAUGUUUAACAAUGAGUUGUCAAAAUUUUUGACCGAGAACAUAAACACUAAACUCUGCACUCCUUUGAGAUGUCAGGCUCCUCCUACAGCAGAGGAAUUAGAGAAGAUCAGUGAUCGUCACACAGAGCUAAUUCCUCUCUCCACACACCUGACAUAUCACAUUGACAGAAACCGAGUGGACCUGCAUAACACAAUUACCUUCACUGUUUACAGUAAUCCUAACCCUGACACAAAUCCCAGCCCUUUAUCAACCUACCUACAAGAUGCCAUUUCUGUCAGUUACUCUGAAUAUCAUUUUGAAAUUGGAGUUCACAAAGCAGAUGUCUCUGGGUACAAUAUUAAAAAUUUGGGAGCACAAUCAAGCAUGUGGAGUUUGAUGCCAGGCCAGAAUCGUCGGGCUAUUUCUUUACUUCUGAAAGUGGAAAAGAAGACAUGCAAAAUUGUAGAGCAAAAGUUGGUGCUUUCCUCCAUAAAGUCAAGCAGGCUAUUGUCCUAUAGUGAAGUUGACAGCAUCAUCAACCUGUCAAGUGAAAAUGAAAGGAUGACUGAUUCUUUAGAAGGCUGCUUCCUUGAGGCUUUCCAUUUUGCAUCUGAUCACAGGCAGAGACGAAUAGUUGACACUUCCAAUGCUGCAGAUCUAGGUUUAACAGAAGACAGCAAAUGCAAGUUAAUGAUGGAGGAGCUGAAUCUGAUGUUGAAAGAAGCUAGUGAUCACCUGAUGAGUGAAGUAACUACUUCCUUAAACACUUUUAGCUGCCCACUGACAGCUACACCUGAACUGGUAAGGAGACUUAAGAGAGAUUAUGAGGAGCUUGGGUUUCAACAUCUGGACUCAAACAAUCAACAGAACAAUUUCAUAAUUCUAACGUCUGUAUGGGAAAAGAUUGAGUCAGCUGCUUUAGACUGUGACUUUUACAAAAUGGCUGACCUCAUUUCCACAGAUGACCUCCACCCACAGUUGCUUCCAGUGAUUGUUCAGUUAAAGGCCACCCUCAACAAAGCUUACUUCAUUCGUUCACUCUCCUGCCAAGAUGCUUUAGUUGGGCACUAUUCAUUACAUCUGGACUCAUACACGUAUGCAUCCUCACCCAUGCGGCGGUACAUUGAUGUGAUAAUUCAGAGGCUAAUGCAUGCAGUUCUCAGUGACCGUCCUGUUGAGUACUCAAAGACAGACAUUGACCUUUUGUGUGACAAGUGUAAAAGAGGAGAAUCAAAGGCACAGGAGUACGAGAAUAAAGCUGAGUCACUUUUUCUCGCCAUCAGUCUACAGAAACAGAGCACAUACAAAUUGGCUUUUGUCACUGUUGUUCAGCCUGAGAGCGAAAGCUUUAAAUUAUCAUUUCCAUUUGACAAAGGAACUUUCCCGGACAAACUUCCUGUUUUGUACAGAGAUUUACAGCUAGAGGAUCAACCGAUAUAUGACAGGAAACAAAAACAAAUGACGCUGACUUGGAAAAAACGGAUAUACUCACUGAACGUAACCCCAAACCCAGUGAGGAACCUGAGAUUCUGUUCAGAGAUACAGAAGAGUACCUGGCACGCCAUUGUUGAGGCAGUGAGAGAAGAAAAGUGGGAAGUGGUGAAGUGCCUCAUAUUGGGAGCAGAUGUGAAAGAGCAUUGUGAGGCAGAUGAAGUGCAACUGGAUAUUAGGGAUCAUACAAUCCUAACACACUAUCUGAAAGUUGGAGACACUGUGCAAGUCCAGCUGACCUCAGAGAGGCAAAGAGGCUAUUGGGCGCCGACUGUACAAUUACUGAGUGUGAGUUCAAGCUUUGAGAUAUGUGUGGAACACACUCAUAAUCCUAUUAAAUGCUUUUCCAAAUGUGCAAGUCACCCAUCCAAAGGUUCCUAUAUAAAUGUGGAGGAUUAUGUGCAAAUAUGGAAGCCCAUCUGUGAAAUGGAGUCUGCUGCGACUGCUGUGGACGAUAGUGAUUGUGUUGUGAUAGAGAAUGUACACAUAGCUUGGACCACCCUCUUGGGUGGCGCAAGCACUGGAACCUUCUCUCUGCCUGUAGAAUAUGUCAAGAAAUGGGCAAUCGAAUUUGACCUGGCAAAGUGUUUUCUUUGUAUUCGAAAAAGAGUUUUGAAGCCGAUCACACCAGAUCAGUCAGGGGUAGAUCCAGACUACUACACAUGGGUGGCCCAUGGCGUCACAACUCAAUGUUUGGAUACACCAGAAAAAACUAAGAAUAAGUCAAAAAUUAUUCGCUUUAAAAUAAAUUAUGCAUCCAUGGACAUUCCAAAAGCCAAGAUGGAUCCCAUGUUCACAGUUGAAGUGAUUCCAAAACUCCUUCCAGACAUACGAAAGGAAAGUGCAGUGAAUAAUUUAACAAUGGCUAAUGAACUUGUUAAGAACAUUGCACUAGGACAACGGAUUCGGAAAGUAGGUGCUGAACCAGUUGUAUCCCGGUAUGAGCUUAUGAGAAAGCCAGUACCCGCAGAUCUGCCUCCACUGAAUGAAAGCCAGUUUAAUGCUUUGGAAAAAGCUCUGAAUGGCACAUUCACCCUCAUUCAAGGCCCUCCAGGAACAGGAAAAACUGUUGUUGGAGCUUACAUAGUGUACUGGUUCUCCCAGCUAAACGCUAAGAAACCUCAGAAGCUGAAGGAGUUCAAAGAAAAAGAGAAGAGAGAGGUUAUUCUGUACUGUGGACCCUCAAACAAGUCUGUAGAUGUGGUUGCAGAAUACUUGCUCAAGUUUGGUGAGGAGUUGAAGAUAUUACGCGUAUACAGCAGACAGAUGGAAAUGCAAGAGUACCCCUACCCUGGCAGUGACCUCCAGUUAUCCCACAAAUCACUGCGCCAAGAAAAGUCUAAACCUGAGCUUAAGGACAUAACACUUCAUCACAGGAUUCGGGAGUGUCACAACCCUAAUUCCCAAGCAAUAGUGGACUUUGAUGAAAGAAUCGCCAAUAAUCCUAAUUCACUCACAGAUGAGGAUAUAGAAGACUAUAAGAAGCUACUAAAUGCUGCACGUCUGUAUGAAUUGGAAAGGCAUGAUGUUAUUCUGUGCACUUGCACGGCUGCUGCCUCCCCUAACCUCACCAAGACACUCACUGCACGACAGAUCCUCAUCGAUGAGUGCGCCAUGGCAACAGAACCCCAGACGCUUGUCCCAUUGGUCAGCUUCAAACCUGAGAAGGUUGUACUGUUGGGGGAUCACAAGCAGUUGCGUCCGAUCGUGAAGAAUGAGCAUGUGAGGAAACUUGGCAUGACACAUUCUCUGUUUGAACGCUACAUGGCUAAAGCACUACUGUUGGACACCCAGUACAGAAUGCAUGAAGAGAUCUGCAAAUUCCCAUCAAUGGCGUACUACCAGGGUAAGCUGAAAACUAAAGUAGCUGAACGGACCAGCAUGCUGCACAUUGAGAAGGAAAGAGUGAGACAAAGUAAACACAUUCUGUUUGGAGAUGUACAAGGAGUUGAAAUCAGUUUGGUUGUUUCAACUGCACGUGGGAACCAGAACUCAAAAGCCAACCUUGCAGAGGUUAAAAAAGCUGUUGAGAUUUGUGGUCUGUUGGUAUCUGUGGGCCAUGUGAGGCAGGAGGAGAUUGCCAUACUCUCACCAUAUAAUGCACAAGUGGCCCAGAUCAGAGAAAGACUCCUGUCCACUGAUAUAAAUCUCAAAAGAGUCACUGUCACCACCAUUACGAAGAGUCAAGGUAGUGAGUGGAGGUAUGUGAUUUUGUCGAUGGUUCGCUCCUGCCCCAGUGAAGAGAUUGAACCUUUGCUCUCCAGGGAAUGGCUCUCCAAACAUAUCGGCUUUGUGGGCGAUGAAAACCAGAUCAGUGUGGGCAUCACAAGAGCACAGGAUGGGCUAUGUAUUUUGGGUAAUCAGGAGUUACUGAACUGCAGCCAAGCAUGGACGAAACUACUGAAACAUUAUUCAGGUCAUGGCUGUGUGGUCUCUGCAGACCAGAUAACAGUGCGCCAUAUGAGCUAGACCAUUUAUAUGAAUUUCAGUUGAUCUUCCAUCAUUUUUUACAUUUUUUAUUAGUGUAACUAUUUUCAUGUUUUUAUAUUUUUAAUCAUACAUUCCAAAUUCAGUGCAUCAUCUCAUCCCACUUCAAAAUGAGAGUAAAACAUUCUGAGUUUUUAUAAUUAGAGUCAGAAUGUGGAAGGGUUUUUUAAUUUUUAUUUUAUGGAAGUUUUUAGAAGAUUCAGGGUACAAACACAUUUUCAGGGUUUCAGACAUAAAAUUACUGAGACCCGUGGAACAGGUGCUGAAUUUGAAAACGCUGUUUGAAUUAGAUAUCUGAUCAUUUCUUUCAUUUUAAAGCAUGUAAUCUCGAGAUAAUUUUUAUAUACAACUUAUUGUAAUUCUUGACCUACUGAACCACCAUGGCCUUUUUCUACUCGGUUUUUAAAAUGAGUUAACAUCAACCAAAGAUGCUAACAUGUUUUCUUUUCCACUGGGAGUAAAAUAUUCUAAACUUGGACAUCUGACUGCUUUCUUUGAUUCCCUGACCCUUUUUUGUGUCGUGAGUGGUUCACCUACUUUCAUAAGUCAUUAACAGAAAACCUGCAGUCCAAUGUUGAUCAAUGUCCAGGGUCAAACAUUGUGCUCAUGUGUUGUGUUUUUAGUCUUUCCAGGAAGAUGGGAUGCCAGUGCAACAAAUGACUAAGGCAGAGUUGUAUGUAGCAAACCCUGGUGCAGAAAUUCUCCUGGAGCAAAAUUAGUACAGAUUCUAACAUAUUUUGUUGAUCCUGGAACAACAUUCCUGUAAAACUAAGUCCUUACAUUAUUAAUCCCAACUCUCACUCUAACCAUGGAAAAGUCAGUGGGGUCAAAAAUUUUCAAGCUCCAAAAAGGACAUAAAGGCAUCAUAAAGGUAAUUCAUAUUACUUGAGUGGUUUAAUCCAUGUCUUCGGAAGUGAUAUGAUCAGUUUUGGGUGAGAAACAUCCAAAAAUGUUCUCCUUUUCUCUACAUUUUGCCAUUUACAGUCUCCAUGGCAUGAUCAUGAUUUGAAGCUAGAUUGCACUUCUUCAUGCUCUGUGAAUGUGUCAAGUGUAAUAAAACAAGAAGUUGAUAAGAAUGUUGUUCAAGCCGUGAAUGUUGUUAAAGCAUGGGCUAGUACGACAACCUUACCAUAACAUUACUACAACAUAACUCACACAUUACAGUAAUGUUUCACUAACAAUACUGCAACAUUGCCAUACCUAUGACAUUACUACAAUGCUACCACAACUUUACUAUAACUUUACACAACAUAAAUGCAAUAUAGUUGUAAUAUUACAACAACUUGCCAGAUCAGAUGACCAUGACAAAAAAAAUGACAGCAAGGGAACUGUAAAGGUUUAAGCCAAUAUGUUUUCAUAAAAAAAUAAAAACAAAAAUAAAAAAAAUCACUUUCUCCAAUGCACUGAACCAUAAAUAAAUUAUUUAGAUUACAGUGUACUAUAUAUGUAUAUCUAUCUAUCUAUAUAUACCUGUAUAUAAUUUUUUUUUUUUUUUUUUAUGCUGUUGUUGUAUUUGUUGUCACUUUUAUUUGUCAUGUGGUGAUUGAUUAUACUUGUUUUUGGUUGAUACGGUUAUUGUGGGUUAAAUAUUGAGGUCCAUGUGCGUCUGUAAGCGAGAUAAAUGAUAAAUUUAACUCAUAAUAACUCAAUGCUGCCUUCAUAUCGUGUUGCAUCAAAAUUUAUACGGAUUUAUUUGUUAAGAAGAAUAGAUUCAAACUGUUAAUGGCUUGUUGUAGAUUCUUGUAAAGAAUGUAUGCGUCUUCGCAUUCAAAGUUCUGGUUUGCUCAUUGAUUUUAGAGACCCUGCUCACACGUGAACACACUCAUCUGUGGCAUCCACACCCACUAUUCUAUUAUGGCUUCAUAUGGUUGUCAUGGGAUUUGGAGAUGGCCCUUCGUGACAUCAUAAAGCUUGGAAUGUGAUGGAAUGUCUGUCUGCUAUUUAAAGCCCAUGUUUCUCCAGGUUUGCUUGUCUUCGGGGGAGGACGCGAUCACUGAGACCACUCUGGGGUGAAAGUUCUUUGUGGUGAAUGGGUUAAAAGGUGUGUUUUACAGGGCAGAGUGAGGUGGGGUGCGGUAGUGUGUAAGCUGGCAUUUUAUUGAGACCGGAGAUUUUGUGCAUCAGGUAAUGUGAUGUAAAAUAAAGGCUGAAAAUU